GUAGUAUCUUCGUUACGGAUUUCUUUUUUUAUUGUUUAUUAUACAUUAAUAAUUCUUGCGUCGUGUUGUAAGAAGAAAGCAUGAGUCGAAGAUUAGAAACAAUUACGCAGUACAGGAUUCUAUGAAAAAGACACGCUUAAAUUCGAAAUUACAAGUGCACAAAUUAGUUCCUUCCUCGUUCAAGGAUCAUGCUAGUAGAAACAGUACAAAUGGAAAACGGAAUUUCCCAGACAACGUAACGAAUAGCUUGGAGAGUUCUGAAUCUCUGAUCGAGAAUUAUACACAAAUCGAAUCGAGCUCUCAUUUGAACAUUUUGAAAAUCUUUACCGAAACAAAAUUGCCCGAACUCGAUGUAAACAUACCGAAUAGGAGACACAGAUGCUCGAAAAGUAAACACUUGAAAGUAUCAAGAGAUAGGGGGAAUUCUGUUAAAAAAGACUUUGACGAGAGCGCUGUGUGUUUGUACGAAAAUCAAUCCUCCAAGUUCGUUGUUAUUUUAGUUAAACAAGUAUAACGCAACGAAAGUAAACGCGACAUAGUUUAAUAACUAUGUUUACUUAUUUCUCUUUGUCAUAAA